UAUAUUUGAUCUGUGCAGAGUAAUAUAUCUUUAAUCGAGAGACAUGUUGCAGAUCGUUCUGUCCAAGUUGGAUCACAACUUAGUUUUGACAAAAUGGGGUUGACGACAUGGAUAUUUCUCUACUUCAUGGUCUCAGGCACCUACUCGCGGGUCGCAGUUCACCAGCCCCCCGUGCUCACCACCGCUCUGGGUAAUGAUGUUCUGAUGCCAUGCCACCUUAAGGUUUCCCACGAUGAGAAGGUGCUGACUACACCAGUUCUGUAUUGGGUUUACUUAACGCAGGAAAAUUCCAGACUGUGGGUCCCUUCUGAGAAAUAUGCCGGACGUGUAGACCUUCUGGACAAAAACCAAACCUCUUCAAACAAGUCCAUACUUCUCAAAAAUGUCCAGUGGGCAGAUAAUGGGAAAUACCUGUGCAAACUUUCAAUCACCACAGAGAGGCAUGGAAGUUUUAGGAGGAAAGGAAACGAAACUUUACUGAUGAUUUAUGACACCAUGAUCUUUAACCUCACCAAUAACAACGAGUCUCUGCUCCGCUGUGAAGUUAACGUGACUCGGGAACCCGGAUUUGUUCUGUCCAUUUCUCACAAUGGAAAUAAAUUACAAACGGUUGACUUGGUUCCCGGAGACGACGUUGCAGCUCUGCCCUACGUGACGCUCUCUCAGACUAUUUCUCUGCAGAGCGGUGGAAAAUAUGAGUGUCAGCUGCACCUGAACGACGAUAUUAUAACGAAAAACAUCUUCAACUACCUUCCUUCCACGAGAAGCGAAGAAGGUGGAGACGCUGAAAAGAAUAUUUUCACACCACGUCAACCUGUCUCUGAGUCAGGUGAGGGGAAGUUUCCAGAGCCGUGGCUCCUGUAUGCAGCUCUCCUUCUGGUCCCCAGCACCGUCCUUCUGAGCCUGAUAAUUGCCCUAAUGAUGUGCAAACGCAGAGUUUGACCAUAUCUCUUCAAUCCCAGGACCCAACCUGUCUGGAGUCAACAGUCAACAGUCCAGACUGGUGGUGGUGGCUGUAAAGGUGUGGGGAAUGUUUCCUUGGCUCACUUUGGGCCCCUUAAUACCAAUGAAUCAUGGUCUGAAUGUCGCAGCCUAUCUGAGUAUUGUUGUUGACCAUGUGCAUCCCUUUAUGGCCACAAUUUACCAUCUUCUGGCAGCUUCCAGCAUGAUAAUGUUCAAUGUCCCAAAAAGCAAAAGUCGUCUCAAACAGAAGCAUGACAACAAGUUCAGUGUACUUCAGUGGGCUUCCGCUUCACCAGAUCCGAAUCCCAUAUAACCCUUUGGGAUUUGAUGGAACAGGAAAUUGUGCAGCUGAGAAAGCUGCAGAAAUUAUGUGAUUUAAUCAUCACAUCAGAUCAGACAUGACAUCAUGUCAAUAUGGACCAGGACCUUAAAGGAAUGCAAAGGAGUGAUUCCAGCAUCUUCUGUAACUGAGGCCACAAGCUUUUGUUUUGUAUGUACUGUUUCAUAUUGACACUGGUAUUUGUGAGUUGGUUUUGAUUUUCCCUCAACAACAGGUUCUUCAGUUAUGGUUUUUCUGUUUCUGAUUUCAGUCUCGGUUCCCAAAAUGAAAAGAAGUCCUAAUGGUACUUCAACUCCCUCUAAAGGUGAAAAUGGGCAGUUGCACAAACUGCAACCACUGUGCGUGACCCUCUUCCUCCUAAAUAUAUUUUUCUGUCAUUGUCAUAAGUUUAAGCAUAAACAACAAGUAAUUAAACAGCUGAGCAGAUGUAAAAACAAAAAGCAAAACCAGAGAAAAAACACAGUCACUAAAAUAAAAUGCAUCACCUGUAAAUGCAUGAAAUCUGCCUUUUUGUAUUACAAUCACAAGAUAAGUUUAUAUAUGUAAUUAAUAAAAC